UUCGAGUUGCCGUCUUUGGCAGGAUCACGUGGGGUCAGGUGUCUGUCCGAUGUCGUGAUUAAGCACUUCGUCUUCUCUUUUUCCUUUAUCUCCACGCUGCCUAACACGCAAGGCAGCAUUAGACUUCAGCUUCAUCUGGGAAUUACUCCCUUCCAUCCGUCCCUUGCAAUUGGCCUGUUCCUGUUCCUUUAGAAUCACUGCCCAAGCCAUGCGUGCCCCAAUGCUGCUGGGACUACUGUCUACUGCAACGGCCCUUGGCAUACCCUUCCACCAACAACCCCUCACUACUUUCUCAAAGGAAGACCUCUGCCCGCUGGCUCCCAAGGUGAACGCGCCGGAUGAUGGACUUCUCUCCGCUCUCAGGUUUGUUGAGGGUGAGUCUUUCCGGACUCUUCAGGUAGAACGGCUCUCCAGGGCAGUCCAGGUGCCGACCACCAUCGGGGAUUACAUGAUUGAUCCUUACGAUGAAGGCUUCGCGCCCUUUGUCGAGUUCCAUAAGCUUCUAGAAUCGCUCUUCCCGUUGACGCAUGCCCAAGCUCGCGUCGACCAUAUCAACCGACUUGGUCUCGUGUAUACCUUUAACGGGACCGAUGAGUCUCUGAAACCUCUUCUUUUCACUGCCCACCAGGAUGUUGUUCCUAUUGAUGAUCCCUCUGACUGGACCUACCCUCCAUUUUCAGGCCAUUUCGAUGGUGAAAGGCUCUGGGGACGAGGUGUGAGCGACUGCAAAAACGUCCUGAUUGGUCUUCUUUCGGUUGUGGAAGACUUGCUGCAGCAGAAUUGGAAACCCACCCGCACUGUCGUAUUGGCGUUUGGUUACGACGAGGAAUCCCACGGCUUUCUUGGCGCAGGUGCUAUCUCCAAAGUGCUGGAGAAGAACUACGGUCGUAACAGUUUCGAGUUUAUCCUGGACGAAGGUGGUAUGGGCCUGCGAUCCUUGGACGAUGUCGUCUACGCCCUGCCUGGAGUGGGUGAGAAGGGCAGCAUCGACAUCGUGCUCACCUUGAGCGUCAACGGCGGGCACAGUUCCGUCCCACCUCCCCACACUGGCAUAGGGAUCGUAGCGGAAAUCAUCUACGAGCUAGAACGCCAGGAUCUCUUUACUCCUUUUCUCGACGAUAGGCAUCCUUCGCGCAAGACGCUCGAGUGUCAAGUCCGCCACUCACCAGACUAUGUUGAGCCUUGGCUCGCAGACGCCUUGGCGUCAGAUGAUUAUGUCUCACUGGCAGAGGCCGUCGCGUCAUCGCGUGGCGAGCAGAUCCGGUACACUCUACAAACAUCACAAGCAGCCGAUCUGAUCCAGGGCGGUGUAAAGACGAAUGCCCUUCCCGAGAAAAUUUCCGCGACAGUCAACUACCGGGUCGCGCUGCAUCAGACGCCGGAAACGGUCAAGCAGCGCGCGAUCAAGAUUAUAUCCCCCAUCGCUGCCAAGUACAACCUCAGCUUUAGCGCUUUCAGCAGCCUUGAGAUAUCUUCUGAUGAGAGCAAUCAUCUUGAGCUGACCACAUUAGGCGAGCCUCUUGUGCCAGCGCCCAUCAGCCCAACAGAUGUUGCAACUGACGCUGUCUGGACCUAUUUCUCGGGCGUGACUCGCUCUGUAUUCGAAUCUGUGCCUAGCCUAUCGGGCAAGACGGUUGUCGUGAGCGGCGAUGUCAUGACGGGUAAUACCGAUACGAGAUUCUACUGGAACCUGUCCAGGAACAUUUACCGCUGGAGCCCGUCGAGGGUGGGAGGACCGUUGAAUAUUCACACGGUGGACGAAAACAUCAACAUCGAUGUUCAUCUAGAGGCGAUGGCCCUUUAUUACGACCUAAUCCGGUCUUUUGACCAGUGGAAUGGAUCCUCAUAGACCCAUGAGAGUCGAUGUGAGAUGAUAGCAGUAUUUAAUGAGCAGCCUACAUAUGUGUGACAUGUGGCCUUGAUGAAUUCUGUAUAUAGAAUAGAAUAGACGUGUCAGAGUGGUGGUAUAUAGAUAGAACUGACCAAAUGAAAGUCGCAUUGCGUAUGGAGCAUUCAUUCAUCAG